CUGAAAACCAAUAAAAUACCGUUACGAUUAAAUGGGAAAACAACAAUCGGAGUAGCGCCUCCCAGUUCAGUCAGUUUUCAGCAUCUCGUUUUUCCCGCUUUCCAUUAACAUCAAAGACACUCGCGACGGUGGAACUAAAAAGUGUGCAACAAAAUGAUUAUGUUUAAAUUUUACUCAAUAUUUUGGCUCUUUGGUUCGUUGACAGCAAAAGAAAUUGUAGUUAGAAUAGAAGGUGGGCCUCUUGUAGCUGAACUGUUAGCAAUGGAAACUGGACACCAUCUCAAAGGACCGGUAACUGGAUUUGACAACACAUACAUCCUUAUACCAGUCGCCAAUCCCAUAUUUCAUCCAAAUGAACAAAAAAGAGGCACAGUCCCAAGGAGCUUAUACAAAGAUCUAAGGAUCGAAUGGGCGGAAGAACAAAACUGGAAACAGCGCCAAAAAAGGGAUUUACUAGAUCCCGCUGAUAUCCCUAAAGAAAGAGUGAAACGUAUAGAAGAACCAGUAACUGAAUCUUAUGAGAAAAUUAGAAGGAAACGAUCCACAAAUGAAAUCGAUCAAACUUUUAAUGAUGAAUUGUGGAACCAACAAUGGUACUUGAGAGAUACCAGAACAAGACUGGACCUACCAAAAUUAGACCUCAACGUUCUGCCUUUAUACAAAUCUGGAAUUUCUGGGAAAGGAGUAAGAAUUACAAUUUUGGACGAUGGUAUCGAGUACACCCAUGACGACUUGAGUCCCAACUAUGAUCCAGAAAUAAGCUACAACUGUAACGACGAAAGCAAAAAUCCGAUGCCGAGAUACGAAAUUAGUAAAUCCAACAGUCACGGUACCAGGUGUGCGGGUGAAGUGGCUAUGGUGGCUAAUAAUGAUAAGUGCGGAGUUGGGAUUGCUUUUAAUGCAAAAAUUGGUGGAGUAAAAAUGUUGGACGGCCUGGUAACCGACAGAAUCGAAGGUACUGCCCUGGGCUACGCCCAUCACUUGGUAGACAUUUACAGUGCCUCGUGGGGCCCCAACGACGACGGCAAAACUGUCGAUGGACCUGGACGACUUGCCAGAGAAGCUAUAGAAAGAGGAAUCAAAAAAGGUAGAAACGGCAAAGGCUCGAUAUAUGUAUGGGCUUCCGGAAAUGGUGGAAGCAGAGGCGACAAUUGCAAUUGCGACGGUUACCUGGCAAGUCCUUACACAAUUUCCAUAGGCAGUGCUUCACAAAAAGGCGAAUUUCCUUGGUACGGUGAAGCUUGCGCUUCUACUUUGGCUGUAACUUAUAGCAGUGGAGCUUAUAAAGAUCAAAUGAUAGCUACUACAGAUUUGAACAAUCAAUGCACAAUAAAACAUACAGGAACUUCUGCGUCUGCCCCUUUAGCAGCCGGAAUUAUAGCUUUAGCAUUAGAAGUCAAUCCAUCUUUAACUUGGCGAGAUGUCCAACACUUAAUAGUCUGGACAUCGGAAUUAGCCCCUGUAGCGGACAAUCCAGGCUGGCAAAAAAACGCGGCCGGUUUAUGGUCCAAUACCAAAUUUGGUUUCGGACUCAUGAACGCUUUCGGACUGGUUUCUGCCGCUGCUAAUUGGACAGCAGUACCUGAAGCUCAUCAUUGUGAAGUUAUAUUCAAAAAGACUUCAAAUAACACAAAUCUUUCUUAUGGAAAUCCUGUGCAUCUUUUAGCAGUUACUACAGGUUGCGAUGGUACCGAGCAGCAAGUUAUAUUUUUAGAGCACGUUGAAGUUAGGACGAGUAUUACUUAUACUAUAAGAGGUUCUUUGGAGGUUCAACUAAUCUCGCCAGCAGGUACCACAGUCCAACUACUAACUCCAAGAAAAUACGACAAAAGUAGCAAAGGUUUCACUGAUUGGACUUUUAUGUCGGUCAUGACUUGGGGCGAACUGGCCAGUGGGAUUUGGAAUUUGACUAUCUCAGAUAAUGAAGGUCCAGAAGGAAAUUCUGGUUUUAUAGGGGAUACAACGUUGAUUUUACGCGGUACCAAAGAGCCGCCGGGUCAUAUGGCGAACGGGCCGAGGAAUUAUAAUGAAGAUUACAACAGGAUUCAUAAUAGAAUGGGCGCAGUUCGGAUAUACGACGAACCAAAAAUGUAUUUCAACUAUGAUUAUCAAAAUUAUUUGAAUUAAUCGCAAUGUGGAAUAUUCAAAUAUUUAAU